CCUUACUUUCACAGCCCUACCCAACUCUAGUACAACGUGCCAAGCAGAACAGGCCAUGAAAUAAGAUGGCAAGGAAGAAAUUUACUGGAUUAGAAAUCUCUCUGAUUGUCCUUUUUGUUAUAGUUACUAUUGUAGCUAUUGCCCUUGUUGUUGUUUUAGCAACUCAGACACCUGCUGUUGAAGAAACUAGUGAUGCUAUUUCAGCUGCACCUACUACUCAUACAACCACUGUGUAUCCUGGUUCUGGAAAAUGUCCAAGUAACCCAAAUGAUCCUAUCAAUGAAAGAAUAAACUGCAUUCCAGGACAAUUUCCAACACAGGAAGUUUGUGCAAAGCGAGGUUGCUGCUGGAGUCCGUGGAAUAACUCUCUUAUUCCUUGGUGCUUCUUCGUAGAUAACCAUGGCUAUUAUGUUGAGGGAAUGAAAAGUACAAAUACUGGACUUGAAGCCAAAUUGAACAGGAUACCUUCUCCUACACUAUUUGGCAGUGACAUUAACAGUGUUCUCUUCACAACUCAAAAUCAGACAGCCAAUCGUUUCCGGUUCAAGAUUACUGAUGCAAAUAAUACCAGAUAUGAAGUUCCUCAUCAAUUUGUAAAAGAAUUUACUGGAACUGUAGCUUCUGAAACAUUGUAUGAUGUGCAGGUUAAAGAAAAUCCAUUUAGUAUCAAAGUUAUCAGAAAAAGCAAUAACAAAAUUUUAUUUGACACCAGUAUCGGUCCCCUGGUAUACUCUGACCAGUACUUACAGAUCUCAACCAAACUUCCCAGUGAAUAUAUGUACGGCUUGGGGGAACAUAUUCAUAAGAGAUUUCGUCAUGAUUUGUAUUGGAAAACAUGGCCAAUUUUUACUAGGGAUCAACUUCCUGGUGAUAAUAAUAACAACUUAUAUGGCCAUCAAACAUUCUUCAUGUGCAUUGAAGAUAUUUCCGGAAAGUCAUUUGGUGUUUUCUUAAUGAACAGCAAUGCAAUGGAGGUUUUUAUCCAGCCUACUCCGAUAGUAACUUAUAGAGUUAUAGGUGGCAUUCUGGACUUUUACAUCUUUCUAGGAGAUACACCAGAACAAGUAGUUCAACAGUAUCAAGAGCUCAUUGGACGACCAGCAAUGCCCCCAUAUUGGAGUCUUGGAUUCCAACUGAGUCGCUGGAAUUAUAAGACACUUGAUGUAGUGAAAGAAGUGGUAAAAAGAAAUCGGGAAGCUGGCAUACCAUUUGAUACACAGAUCACCGAUGUUGACUAUAUGGAAGAAAAAAAGGACUUCACUUAUGAUGAUGUUGCAUAUCAAGGGCUCCCUGAAUUUGUUCAAGAUUUGCAUGAUCAUGGACAGAAAUAUGUCAUCCUUUUGGACCCUGCAAUUUCCAUAAAUAAACGUACCAGUGGAACAGCAUAUGAAUCCUAUGAGAGGGGAAAUGCACAACAUGUGUGGGUAAAUGAGUCAGAUGGGACUACACCAAUUAUUGGAGAGGUAUGGCCAGGACCAACAGUAUACCCUGAUUUCACAAAUCCAAACUGCAUAGAUUGGUGGGCAAAUGAAUGCAGCAUUUUCCAUAAACAACUGCAAUAUGAUGGACUUUGGAUUGAUAUGAAUGAAGUUUCCAGUUUUGUACAAGGUUCACAGAAAGGAUGCAGUGACAACAAACUGAACUAUCCACCUUACACUCCUGAUAUUCUUGACAAACUCAUGUAUUCCAAAACAAUUUGCAUGGAUGCUGUGCAAUACUGGGGAAAACAGUAUGAUGUUCAUAGCCUCUAUGGAUACAGCAUGGCUAUAGCCACAGAGAAAGCUCUAGAAACAGUUUUUCCUAAUAAGAGAAGCUUUAUUCUCACCCGGUCAACUUUUGCUGGAUCUGGAAGGCAUGCUGCACAUUGGUUAGGAGACAACACUGCUUCGUGGGAACAAAUGGAAUGGUCUAUCACAGGGAUGCUGGAGUUUAGUUUGUUUGGAAUGCCUAUGAUUGGAGCAGAUAUCUGUGGAUUUGUGGUUGAAACCACGGAAGAACUUUGCAGAAGAUGGAUGCAGCUUGGGGCAUUUUAUCCAUUUUCCAGAAACCAUAAUGCAGAAGGAUAUCAGCAUCAGGAUCCAGCAUUUUUUGGACAGAAUUCUCUUUUAGUUAAUUCAUCAAGGAACUAUUUGAAUAUUCGCUAUACCUUAUUACCUCACCUCUAUACUCUGUUUUAUAAAGCCCAUAAAUUUGGAGAAACAGUAGUCAGGCCAUUUCUUCAUGAGUUUUAUGAGGAUACAAAUAGCUGGAUUGAGGACACUCAGUUCUUAUGGGGACCGUCAUUACUUAUUACCCCUGUCUUGAAACAGGGAGCAAAUACAGUGAGUGCAUACAUACCUAAUGCUACUUGGUAUGAUUAUGAAACUGGUGCAAAGAGGCCAUGGAGAAAACAACGUGUUAAUAUGUAUCUUCCAGGAGACAAAAUAGGAUUACAUCUUAGAGGAGGUUAUAUUUUUCCCAUUCAACAACCUGCUGUAACUACAACUGCAAGCCGAAAGAACCCUUUGGGACUUAUAGUAACAUUAGAUGAAGAUAACACAGCAAAAGGAGAUCUUUUCUGGGACGAUGGAGAAACUAAAGAUACCAUAGAAAAAGGCAUCUACAUUUUUUAUGAAUUUUCAGUUUCUAAUAACAAAUUAAAUAUUACAUGCACACAUUCAUCAUACCAAGAGGGAACCACCUUAGCAUUUGAGACUAUUAAAAUCCUUGGGUUGACAGACACUGUUACAGAAGUUAAAGUGAUGGAAGCUAAUCAGCCAAUGAAUGCUCACUAUAAUUUUACUUAUAGUGCUUCUGACCAGAUUCUCCUAAUUUACAAUCUCAAGUUUAACCUUGGAAGAAACUUUACAGUUCAAUGGAAUCAAAAUUUCUCAGAAAAUGAAAGGUUUUCUUGUCAUCUAGAUGCAGACACUCCAAAUAAAGACAUGUGUGAACAACGUGGCUGUUUAUGGCAAACGAAAUCUUUUGGAUCCCAAGCACCUGAGUGUUACUUUCCUAGACAACACAACUCUUACUCAGUUACAUCAAGUCAAUAUUCAUCAAUGGGUAUAACAGCUGACCUCCACCUGAGUACUGCAAAUGCUCGAAUAAAGCUACCUUCUGAACCCAUCUCAACUCUUCGUGUGGAGGUGAAAUAUCACAAAAAUGAUAUGCUUCAGUUUAAGAUUUAUGAUCCCCAAAAUAAGAGAUAUGAAGUUCCAGUUCCAUUAAACAUUCCAACUAUGCCAGCAAGUACUUAUGAAAAUAGACUUUAUGAUGUUGAAAUCAAGGAAAAUCCUUUUGGCAUCCAGAUUCGAAGGAGAAGCACAGGAAGAGUUAUUUGGGAUUCUCACCUACCUGGAUUUACUUUUAAUGACCAGUUCAUUCAAAUAUCUACUCGCCUGCCAUCAGAAUAUAUUUAUGGUUUUGGGGAAGUGGAACAUAAAACAUUUAAGCAAGAUCUGAAUUGGCAUACUUGGGGAAUGUUCACAAAAGACCAACCCCCUGGUUAUAAAUUUACUUCCUAUGGAUUUCAUCCCUACCACAUGUCUCUGGAAGAUGAGAAUCACGCUCAUGGAGUUCUCUUGCUUAACAGCAAUGCAAUGGAUGUUACAUUUCAGCCAACUCCUGCUCUCACCUACCGUGUAAUUGGAGGAAUCUUGGAUUUUUAUAUGUUUUUGGGCCCAACACCAGAAGUUGCAACAAAGCAAUACCAUGAAGUAAUUGGCCGACCAGUCAUGCCACCUUAUUGGGCUUUGGGAUUCCAGUUAUGUCGCUAUGGGUACAGAAAUACUUCAGAGGUGCAGCAAGUAUAUGAUGAUAUGGUGGCUGCUCAGAUCCCCUAUGAUGUUCAAUACACAGACAUUGAUUACAUGGAAAGACAAUUAGAUUUUACAAUUGGUGAAGAAUUCCAUGACCUUCCUCAGUUUGUUGACAAAAUCAGAAAUGAAGGAAUGAGAUACAUUAUUAUCCUGGAUCCAGCAAUUUCAGGAAAUGAAACAAAACCUUACCCUGCAUUUAAAAGAGGACAGGAGAAAGAUGUCUUUGUUAAAUGGCCUAAUACCAGUGAUAUUUGUUGGGCAAAGGUUUGGCCAGACUUGCCCAAUGUAAAAAUAGAUGAAAGUCUAUCUGAGGAUGAAGCUGUUAAUGCUUCCAGAGCCCAUGUAGCUUUUCCAGAUUUCUUCAGGAAUUCCACAGUAGAGUGGUGGGCAAGGGAAAUUAAUGAUUUCUACAAUAACCAGAUGAAAUUUGAUGGUUUGUGGAUUGAUAUGAAUGAACCAUCAAGUUUUGUAAGUGGAACAGUUACUUAUCAAUGCAGAAAUACAGAGCUAAAUUAUCCACCUUAUAUACCAGAUAUCACAAAAAGAAGUGCUGGAUUACAUUUCAGAACUAUGUGUAUGGAGACUGAACAAAUUCUUAGUGAUGGAUCAUCAGUUUUGCAUUACAAUGUUCAUAAUUUAUAUGGAUGGUCACAAAUGAAACCUACUUAUGAUGCACUGCAGAAGACAACUGGCAAAAGAGGAAUUGUUAUUUCUCGUUCCACAUAUCCUACUUCAGGACAAUGGGGGGGCCACUGGCUGGGAGACAACUAUGCACGAUGGGACAAUUUGGACAAAUCGAUCAUUGGUAUGAUGGAAUUUAGUCUCUUUGGAAUAUCAUAUACUGGAGCAGAUAUCUGUGGUUUCUUCAACAAUUCAGAAUAUCAGCUCUGUGCCCGCUGGAUGCAACUUGGAGCAUUUUAUCCAUAUUCAAGAAAUCACAACGUUGCAUUUACUAAAAGACAAGACCCUGCUUCCUGGAAUAAAACUUUUUCUGAAAUGUCAAGGAAUAUUCUAAAUAUUAGAUACACUUUAUUGCCCUAUUUCUAUACACAGAUGCAUGAAAUUCAUGCUUAUGGCGGCACUGUUAUCCGGCCCCUUUUACAUGAAUUCUUUAAGGAAAAGGCAACUUGGGAUAUAUACAAGCAGUUCUUACUGGGUCCAGCAUUUAUGAUUACCCCUGUUUUGGAAUCUGAUACUUACACUGUAAAAGGCUAUGUCCCUGCUGCUCGGUGGUUUGAUUAUCAUACGGGCCAAGAUAUUGGUGUCAGAGAAACAUUUAAAGUAUUUGAAGCCCCAUUAGAUAAAAUAAACCUACAUGUCCGUGGUGGUCACAUCCUACCAUGUCAAGAGCCUGCUCAAAACACAUUUUACAGUCGAAAAAAUUACAUGAAGCUCAUUGUUGCUGCAGAUGAUUAUCAAAUGGCACAAGGAUCUCUGUUUUGGGAUGAUGGAGAGAGUAUAGAUACCUAUGAAAGAGAGCAAUAUUUCUCAGUACAAUUUAAUUUAAACAAGAACACCUUGACAAGCACUAUUUUGAAAAGUGGGUACAUAAACAGAAAUGAAAUGAGACUUGGAUUCAUUGAUAUAUGGGGAAAAGGAAAAACUUCUGUUAAAGAGGUUAAUCUGAUUUAUAAUGGAAAUAAAGAGCCACUUAAAUUUACUCAAGAACCAGACAAAGAGGUAAAUGACUUAAGAAAAAGUAUUUUUUUCAGUGGAGUUAUUCAAAACAUAUAUAUGAAUGUCUUCUAUUUCUCAGCCUUAAAGAAACAAAAUUAUGGGUCAGUUAAGAGUUUUCAGAAGUUUAUUCAUUUUCAUUUGACAACCGUAUGUAUUGCCAUACUAUCAUCCUUAGUAACCUGCAUCUAUUUUAUAAUUGUGAUAUAAUCAAAGGAAAAUUAAAUUUACAUUGAAUAUCUAAAACCAUGUUAAUCCUAAUGGGAAAGUACCUCGAGUUUAAGGCUGCAUCUGCACUGCUGAAACCAUAUGUGUGUGCACAUACCAAUUUGUGUUUAAAGUUGGAUAAAAACAAUUAGCUGUUGAUCAGCCAGUCCCUUCAUAUGGGCUUAAGUUUCCAAACAGCCAGUUGUUUCACUAACUUUAACUUUAAAACAUGGUGUCUUGGAUACAGUCUUAGGUCCUCACAGGUUUCAUGGGUUGUGAGAGUGCACAGCACCUGAAACGCAAUUGCAUCCAGUUGGAGCUUAACACUUACGCUCUUCUUCCUGCUGUUUUGUAGGCAAGUGAAAUUUCCCCCUUAAUAUAAAAUGAUGUCUUAAUUACUACAUUGACAUUAAAAUGCUUUUAUUUCUUUAAAUUAUAGUAAGUUUGGGAAAUUAGAGUUCUGUAUAUUUAAUGUAUUUUCUUGGUAAAAUAGAAGUUGAUAACCAAGAGCCUCAACCCCAAUUUUCUUUUUUUGGAAGAAUGUUACUAGUUUAUAAAAUUCCAAAGUAAGAAAUGACUGAUUUAGUCCAGUAGUCUUACAUGCAGACCAAGAAACUGAGUCCCUGAAAAGGAUAAUUAAUUCCUCAGAAAUAAAUAGUCAGUGGUUAUCAGUAUAAAUUAGAAAUCAGUGUUUUAACUUCCCAAUAUUCAAAUAAUAGUAUAUAGUUUAUUUACUAAAACAAUGAAAAAUAAAGCUCACGACUUUUAUUAUAAAAAUAAACUAAAUACAGUCCAGCUGAACAAUGUCAAAAAAGAUAUUUUAACAUAUCAAGUAUUGUUUCAAGUCAUACCGUUAUAAAGAAAAGCCCAUUCCACUACUUUCAAACACUUUCACAAAGAAUGUUAAGUAUUAAGAAGAAAUUUUUACAGUAUUUUAUUACCUCAGUGAUUCCAAAUGAAGAUACUCAGUUUAACUACUAACAAGGAAGCAAUUUCUGCUAAGUGCAUUUAUAUAAAACAAAUAUUUAUGAGCACCUACUCUUUUCCAAACUUUCAUAGAUUUCUGGGAAAAGGAGGCAGAAGUCAAUUUCUUUCCCUUUCCCGUUACCCUUCUCUAGGGGUGUGGGAAUUGCAUGCAAGGGAUGAUUUAAUUGUUCUAUCAAUACAAAUUUAAAACAUUUUUUCUAGCAAAAAUUAUGCUUACUUGCCUUUCAUACAGGUAUUAAAAGCUACAUAAUGUACUUGCAGUUUUUCACCUUUGAUGUAUGAGAACUAGGUUAGGUUUUGGUUCAAACUAAACUAGGUCAGUUUCAAACCUGGCUAUCAGAUAUUAAGAAAAUUAUUUAACUUUUACAUUUUAAACUUUUCUAUUAUAGUGUGUGGGAAAUAAAUACUAAGACACUAAGCUUUAGUGAAGAAUACAUUUUAUAAAGCCCCUAGGAGAGUGUCUGUUAUUCAGUUAGCAGUAAAGGAAUGUUGCUUGUCUUCUCUUGCAUAUUUAAUGAUUGAAUCCAAACUUUCUGAGCUAAGGCACAGUCAUGUAAGUGAAAAAACAAAAUUGUUAAGGUCUAAUGAAAUCAGCAUAUAAUAAAAAUACCACAAAUGAUUGACUACAGCUGCUUAAUUGGUCACCUCCACAAUUAGUCCCUAUAUGGGCUAAUUGCAACUCUCUCCAGUGAAAGAAAGUAACACACACAAAAUUGAAAUUAUUAGCAAUAAAUUCAGCAUCCUAAAACACUUUAAGAUUCAUACAAAAGAAAAACAAAUUUCUAAUCUUAA